GAAAUGAGUAAUUGAGGUACCGCAACCAUAGUGCAAAUUUGGCACAUUCGCUCGCUUUCAACGACACGACAGAUAUUGAACAUUCGCUUGAACGGUCGAAGACGAACAAGUCGCUCUACGAAAUAGCGACAUGCAUCUCUCCUGGUCUCUCGUUUCGCUUUCAGCCGCAGCAGCCUCCGCGCAAGAUCCCACAUUGAGUAGACGGCUGGCUCUCAAAUAUAGCAACAAAGGCCCGCGAGGUGUGGCUUAUACCAAUUCAACGGCGCUUUCGAACUCCUCGACUACAACCACUAGCACAUCUCUAGCACCACCUUCCUUGCCAGUCAUCUCUACAGGUUCAUGGACCAACUCUAGUGUUGCCGUUUUCUUAAACAGCACGACAGAUACACCAACAUGUACUGGAUCUGUCACAUAUGUAGGGGCGGUCCCUCCUACCGUAUACGUUACGGUCACCGAAGGCUUUGACGUGACUGUUACAGCCAGCAAUGUGUCUGUGACGGACACUGCGACUUUGAUAACUCCAUUGCCUGCUUGUCAGGCCACAGUAAUACCUGGAGCCGUACCAGGAGCGUCGAACGCCCCAUUCAUACCUGCCAAUGCAACCGCGGAAACGGCAAGUCCAACCCGGACUGGUGGACUCGUCCCACAGAUAUUCCCUGCCAGUCUCCCACAGGUAGCGACCGCGAGUCCUGAAGAGACGGCGACCGCACCACCGUUCGCACCGGCUGCCACUCAAGCCACUCCAGUAUACACCAGCGCCUCAUAUACGAGCACGGUCAUCGUCACCAAGAAGACACCAGUCACGGUGGUCGCUCCUUCAACCACUUCUCCUGCCGUCAACUUCCAAUCUAUCUCGCCCGCUUCAGCGCCUUCGCCGCCCUCUCCCACGACGCGAAAGACGUCAAGCACAGCAAGCCCUGGUGGGAACAAUGCGCCAGGGGGCGGAAAUGGAGGCGGGGACAGCAACUCUGGGGGAGCUUCGCAAGCAAGCAGUACUGGUGGCAGUGGUACCGGAGGAUCGAAUCAAGGCAGCAGUGGCGGCAACAGUUAUACAGGGUCGAGUUCGACUUCAGGUAGUAACAGUGGCAGCGGAAAUACAGGAGAAGGAUCGAGCAAGAACGGCAAUACUGCAGGAAGUGGAAGCGGAGGUAACACCAAUCCAGGUGCGAAGACGAACAUCGUUGCCACAAGCUCUCCGCCGACCCCGAAUCAAGCUGGAGCUGGAACUGGCCAGAGCACGUCGGUCGCAACGACAUCGACGAAAUUAGGCCUUGGGAACAUCAUUGCUUCCAUCCUCAAUUCACCGUUCGCCACGCCGGCACCGACGACUUCUGCAAACGCUAUCGCACCGCUCACGACGACGGUUGAUAACGUCCGAGUCGUUGUCUCCUCUUCCGAUGUCAUUAUUGGCAGUCAAACAAUUGCGAUCCCAACCGCCGCUGCAACCACCGUACAAGCCAAUGGCGCGACAUUCACAGUGCAUCCAUCCGAGAUAGUCGCUCCUUCCGCCACGAUCACCAUAACACGAGUUCAGCAGAACAAUGUAGCCAUGACGUCUGCACCUGUGCAAACCGUAUCGUUCAUCACGACUGUCGGCGAUCUGACCUUCACCGUUGGACCGACCGUUGCCAUCUUAUCCGGCACGACCUACAGAAUUGGUGCGAAUGCGCCGGCAACCACGGUAAUUGUUCAUGGAACCAAGGUUUCAAUCGGCUCCGACGGUGUGGGAUUACCCAGCACCACUAUAGCGCCUGCUACUCUGGUCACGUCGCCGUUCGUCGUGUACACGACUGAAGGCCUGACAUUUUCGGUGGAUCAGAGCGAAGUGGUCGUGGCUGGUACGACCUAUCAAAUCGGAUCUGAUGCUUCUCAGGUGAAGACGACCAUUGCUGGGGAGACGAUAUCGUUUGGACCCGGAGGAGUCGGUCUGGACUCGACGACUAUUGUGCCGACGGCACCUCCAUCGCAAACCACGACAACGCUAGGUAGCGUCAAGUCAACGACAGCAUCGAAGUCCCAUACGGCGGCAUCGUCGACACAGUCUGCAACUGAGACUGACAGUGGUGCAUCGGCACCACGUCUGUCCCUUCUGCAACUUGGUGGCUGGCCUUUCAUGGCUGUCAUAUUGGCAGUGCUUGUGUUCUAAUGCUUUUCAUGGCAUUGCGGAGUUUGGCGCUUGGUAUGGGAGGAAAAGCUUUCCUGGGUAGAAAUGGAUUUUUGGAAUAGUUUAGUAGAUUGGGAUGACAUGAUACCCGGAAUGCAGCAAUG